CAGUACAGCAUGGCGACACAGCUGUCAAGUGAACCAGGAUGCUAACAGGUUUAUAGUGUUAUUUGUACCAUUUAGAGUGACUUUUAAAUAUUCCCGGUGCACUAAACUGGUUACAUCUUCACGGUUUAGUCGUUUAUAUGUGUUUUUAUUCUUGUUAGCUGACUCUAAGCUGCUAGCUAGCCCGUAAAACACCAGAAUGCACUCUGUGAAGGUCGGCUAUUUGGCUUUGGCUGCGUCGAGAGCUCUCUGCUCGGGUGGCGUUUACUGUCGUGAGUUUAUUAAAGUAUCGGCUCUCUGGCGGGUUCAUUGUUCUGUUAGUCAGACUCGCUUUUAUCGAACAGCAGCCCUGCCAGAAGAGACAGUUAUCCGCAUCCCUCGCUACAUGCAGAAGCAGAUCGGGAGCGUGAAGCAGACUCGAGGCAAAAACAAAAUCAACACCGUCAAAGCCGGAAAACUUCUGAUCGAGAGCAAGAACCCGGAUCUGAACCAGUCUGCGGGGUACACUCUUGGGAAGUUCGAGCAGUGCAUUCUCUGCUCAAAAGGAUGGAAACAUAAAAAAUCAGACGGCGACUAUUUCACCAUCAACAACAUAAAGACUGUCGCACCUUUUGUUGCUGAGGAUCAGGAUGAGGACGCUGCACAGAAAGCAUCAGUUACGUUUAAUGACCUUCACAUCAGCACGGAGCUGGUGAAUGCUUUGGACAAGAUCAACAUUACCCAUCCAACUACUGUGCAGAUGCAGAACAUCCCAAAAAUCAUGAAAGGUCACAACGUUCUCUGUGCCGCAGAGACAGGCAGUGGGAAAACACUGAGUUACCUCCUGCCUAUCAUUCACAGACUGCAGGCUGAUAAGAAAUCAGAGAUAGACGAUGAGAGGGCACAUAAGAUCCGUGCUGUGGUUCUUGUGCCUUCCAGAGAGCUGGCUGGGCAAGUGACAGCUGUGUCCAGGUCUCUGUGUGCUCCUUUAGGCUUGCUUACAAGGAAUGUGGGUGGUGGGCAAGGUGUAGGACACAUCAAGGGGUUCUUCAAGAGUGAUCAUCCGGAUAUUUUAGUAGCCACACCAGGUGCUCUUGUCAAGGCUCUGCGGAGACACUACCUGGACAUAACCGAGCUGAAUUUCUUUGUCAUAGACGAGGCAGACACCAUGUUCGACCCCAGCUUUUCUGACAUGCUGGAGGACAUCCUGCUCCGCACAAACAUCGCUAGUCACCCCAAAGAAACCCGAGGCCUAGACCAUAAAGCCCAGCUGCUGGUGGUGGGCGCCACCUUCCCUGGGGGUGUCGGGGAUGUACUCAGCAAGGUGACAGACCUUGGCGCCAUGGUUGUUAUCAAGAGCAAGAUGCUGCACUUCCUCAUGCCACAUGUCAAGCAGAGGUUCCUGAAGAUAAAGGGUGCUGAUAAGGUCCUGGAGCUCCACCAAGCCCUGAAGCUGCUUCAGCAGGAGAAAGGAGGUGGUGCUGCUCUGGUGUUCUGCAACAACGCCGCCACCGUCAACUGGCUGGGGUACUCGCUGGAUGAGAUGGGGGUGGAGCAUGCACGCAUACAAGGGGAGAUGCCUGCUGCUGUGCGUGCAGGAACCUUCCAUAAAUUCCAGAAGGGCCUGGUUGAUGUGCUCAUAUGCACAGAUAUUGCUUCACGUGGCCUGGACACAUCCAGAGUUCGCUUGGUUGUCAACUAUGACUCCCCAGAAUCCCACACAGACUACAUCCACAGGGCAGGGAGAGUGGGGAGGGCAGGAGGGAUUGAGGAUGGGGAGGUGCUCAGCUUUGUCACUCAUAAGUGGGAUGUGGAGCUGGUGCAGAAGAUUGAGAUUGCAGCACGUAGCAGAAGUAGUUUGCCAGGGAUGGAAUCUGAAAUAAAGGCACCAAAACCAAAAGUAGCAGUAGCAGAGGCAGAGGAGUAGAAGUGUUUGUAUGUUUGUUACUGAAUACAUAGUGUGGGGAUGACAAACUAAAUAGUCAAAACAUUGUCAGCAGAAACAGUAAACCAAAUUUGUUCUAAAUAGAAUUACAGUCGGCUGCUUUUCUUUGGCCACUGUGACUAAAAAAUAUUACCAUUUUGAAAGAAUUAAGAAUGAAAUUUUUCAGUUAUGGUUAAUCUUAGAGGGGAUGGAAAUACUACUAAAAAAUGUUUCUGCUGAUCUGCGACCUGGGGUCUGUUCAGGUCUCCAAUUAAGCCAGGCUUAUUUCUCUCAGUCUGACUCAUUGCCAUGUUGACUAUUUUGAAUUUAGUUCUGGUGCCAGUACUUAGUUAAUUUAAAAAUAUUAACAUAAAGCAUGUUAUUAAGAAUAUGGAUAGACCCCCAGUGUAUGUGUUAUGUCUAAAUGUUGUUGGGGUUUUUUUGCCAUAGUGUCAAAAAGCGUUAUUAUGGCCUAUAUUUCCUGAUGCAAAUGUUUGUUUGUGCAGAUUAAUUUGUUAAGCAGUUGCCUAUUUAGACUGUAUAUACGUGUUACAUUAAUUUCAAUCAACUGAUGCAGUAUUUUUGUAUUAAAAAAAAAAAAUGGGACUUAAAAAUAAAAUGUAAUUGCAUAUUUUUUCACUUUA